UACAAAACGGCUCUUUGCAUCAGAAGGAUGCCGUGCACGACAAUGAUUUUGAGCCCUACCUUUCUGGACAGUCAAAUCAGAGUAACAGUUACCCCUCCAUGGGCGACCCCUACCUGUCCAGCUACUACCCACCGUCCAUUGGAUUCCCCUACUCCCUCAACGAGGCUCCAUGGUCUACUGCAGGGGACCCCCCACUUCCGUACCUCACCACCUACGGACAGCUCAGUAACGGAGACCACCCCUUCGUGCACGAUGCUGUUUUCGGGCAGCCUGGGGGCCUGGGGGGCAACCUCUACCAGCACAGGUUCAGCUUCUUCCCCGAGAGCCCUGCGUUCUCAGCGUGGGGCACAGGCGGCUCUCAGGGAGGGCAGGCCCAGAGCUCUGCGUACGGAAGCAGCUACACUUACCCACCGAGCUCCCUGGGCGGCACAGUGGUCGACGGGCAGGCGGGCUUUCACGGUGACGCUCUCAACAAGGCCCCUGGGGUGAACAGCUUGGAGCAGGGCAUGGUGGGCCUGAAGAUUGGGGACGUCACCACCUCUGCAGUCAAGACGGUGGGUUCCGUUGUCAACAGUGUGGCACUGACUGCCGUCCUUUCUGGCAAUGGUGGGACAAAUGUCAGCAUGCCUGUUUCAAAACCAACUUCGCGCGCUGCGUGACCAAAAAAGCCUGCAAAGCCACAGCCGAAAAUGAGAACCAAGAGUGGGCCUGUGCUCGGGGGUGCACUGCCCCCCCCGCCCAUAAAGCACAACAUGGACAUCGGCACCUGGGAUAAGGGGCCAAUGCCCAAGGCCCCCCAGCAGGUGCCAGCCCCCCAGAGUACCCCAGUGCCCCAGCAAGUGGUGCAGCCCCUCCCAGCCCAGCCUCCCCCCGUGGCCCAACCGCAGUAUCAGAACCCUCAGCAGCCGCCCCAGACCCGCUGGGUUGCCCCUCGCAACAGAAAUGCGGCGUCCGGGCAGAGCGGGGGGGCAGGCAGUGACAGUCACUCUCCCGGGAACGCCUUGCCUAGUGCUGGCCCAGGCGUAGACUCCCACCCCGUCCUCGAGAAACUGAGAGCCGCCCACAGCUACAACCCCAGGGAGUUCGACUGGAACCUGAAGAGUGGGCGCGUGUUCAUCAUCAAGAGCUACUCGGAGGACGACGUGCACCGCUCCAUCAAGUACAGCAUCUGGUGCAGCACGGAGCACGGCAACAAGCGCCUGGACGGUGCCUUCCGCUCCCUGGGCAGCAGGGGGCCUGUCUACCUGCUCUUCAGCGUCAACGGCAGUGGCCACUUCUGCGGGCUGGCCGAGAUGAAGUCGCCCGUGGACUACGGCACCAGUGCCGGGGUCUGGUCUCAGGACAAGUGGAAGGGGAAGUUCGACGUGAAGUGGAUUUUCGUCAAGGAUGUGCCCAAUAACCAGCUCCGGCACAUCAGGCUGGAGAAUAACGACAAUAAACCGGUCACCAACUCCCGAGACACGCAGGAGGUGCCCUUGGAGAAAGCAAAGCAAGUGCUGAAGAUCAUCGCGUCCUAUAAGCACACGACCUCCAUCUUCGAUGAUUUUUCUCACUACGAGAAGCGCCAGGAGGAGGAGGAGGUGGUGCGCAAGGAACGGCAGAAUCGGAGCAAACAGUGAGGACGCUCGGGGGCAGGUUCUCGCUGGACUGAAGAGCAGAGCUCCGCGCGUGCUCGGUGCUGCCCCGCGCCACGCCAGCCUGUCGUCCUGUGCGGGGUCGGCUUCUUGCAUCUUCACCUUUUUUGUAGUUUAUUUUCGCCCAGACAGAUCUGUGCUCGUUUGUAUUUUUCUUUGUAUUAUAAUAUUGUAGAACUCACUAAUAAAGGAGUAUUUUUUGUCAGCUUAUCAGACUGACCUAAUGUGGAAUGUAAGUGCCCUGAGAAGGAGACCCCGGCACGUCAGAGGCUCUUCCCUCGGAGGGAGUCACGUGCUCACUCGGGCGCCCACAGCCAUGGGCUCGCCCCUUUGGUGCGGAUCAAGGAGCCCCAGUUAGUCCAUCAUUCCGAUCACUCCGUUAAAUCGCUCCAAACCCCUGCCGUCGAGAGGCCCUCCAGCUCAGCCAGCCUGCCGUUUUUAACAUCUGUGUCUUCCGUCUCGAUCGCUCAUCUGCCCACCCAGGUUUUCUACGAGGCAGAAGGAUAAACGAAGUGUCUCAGCCUUGAGGACAUGUCUGUCCCUCAGCAAAGCUGCCUUCCCAUGGCGUGCCAUGCUGAGCAACCUGCCGGGUGACCACAGGGUGACGUGAUGGGUUCCGGGGGCUCGUCGCAGACUGUUUCUGCCUCUCCCUGCUGGGAGAGCCCCCGCCGUUGUGACAGCAGCGAUGCCCGCUGUCCACGCAGCACCCGAGGGUGCGUGCAGUGACGGUGCCCUGCGCUUAGUUCCACCACGUGUGUCUCUUCUGUUUUCCUGUCAAAUGGGUAAAAAAGGCAAAAAAAACUUUUAGAAAAUGAAUUUGCCAUGUGGUUUGUGACCGAGGGACUGUGGAGGAGCUUGCCAGCGCCCGGAGUGGCGACGGAGCGUGGCCGCAGUGCUGCUGACCCGCAUGCCGGGCCGCACCUCGCCUCAUGAGGGUCUCUGCUGCCGUGGACAGCACAUGGCUUUUGAAACCCGCACCCUGAAGGCCCUCUGAGUCUGCACAGCUGUACCCCUUGGACUUCUGUUAGACGGCACGCUCGCCACUCCUGCCCGUGCGGGGUCUCCGACGAUAUGGGAUGACUUUUCUCCAGGAGAAUACAAGCCUUAAUAAACAGCCACUGUUUAGCAAG